AUGAAUAACCCCAAUGUUUACUUUCCCCAGUUUGAUCCUGAACCUGCACCAUUCCCACCUAUGAGUGCGGAUUACGUUGCCGAAUUACGCCGCUACGGCGAGGAACUGGUGGAUGCGGGAAAUCGGAUUCGGGAAGUAGGGGAAAACAUCACGUGGAAGUACGACGAGAGGGAGCGUCUUACUGAUAUUUGCAUGAUCUUGUAUGUAACCGAUUAUGUGCAUGAUUUUACGGAUUAUGAUAUUGAGGUUGAAGUCAAUGUUUUUUAUAGUUUCAUUGAAGGAUGUGUUUUAACUUGUUAUGUUUUUGUAGAUGCACCCAAUUACCAAUUACGUGGUAUUGAACAAGUUUCUCCAAACUCUGGAACAAAGAGAUAUAUUCCAGAUUCACCCUCUUCGUUGACGCCAGCAGAGGGCAUGUUAUUUGACACAGUUGAUGCUGCGUAUAACUUUUACAAAGCUUAUGCAGAAGCUGGAGGAGGGUCAAAAGAGUUUCGACCUGUCGAUACUUUAGCCGAACAGCCGUCUGAUAGGUGGGUACGUAGGGUACAAUCUAAAAGGACCGGAUGCCAAGCUGCGAUCAGAAUAAAGCUUACCGAUGCCAAGAAGUAUUUGCUGUAUCAUUUCACAGAGGCGCACAACCAUGAUUUUGUGCACGAAGAAGAUUUACAUCUUCUCAGGGAAAACAUGGAAGUGUAUGGUGGGUUCGACAAAGUCGGUGCGACAAAAGUCGAUUUUAAAAAUUUCAAGUAUAACAUGAUGUUUGUCCCUUUCACUAGGAUUGAUAAUCACAAUAGGAACGUCACACUUGGUGCUGCAAUUCUCGGUUCUGAAACGGCAGAGACGUAUAGCUGGUUACUUAAGGCGAUCAAGAACACAUAUGGGUACGCGCCUCCCGUAAUCGUUAUUGACCAAGACACUGCGAUGAAAAGGGCUAUAGCGGAUGUUUGGCCUGAGUCGAGGCAUCGGUUAUGUAUGUGGCACAUCAUGGAUAAACUCACUACAAAGGUUGGGGCUGCCCUGUGUUCAAAUACAGAUUUCAGGAAAAGAUUGUCUGCAGUUGCUUGGACUGAUUCUCUAUUGCCCGAAGCGUUUGAGACUGAAUGGGCAGCUAUUUUAAAUGAUUUCGGUUUAACCGGCCAUGAAUGGCUGACGUAUAUAUACGGGCUACGUGAAUCAUGGAUUCCAGCUUACUACCGCGACGAAGAAAUGUCUGGUCUUAUGCAGACAUCUUCUAGCCACUUCGACAUAGCUGUUGAAGCGCAAAGACACGAGCAUCGAAAAAACGAUCAUGACACUCGAUACACCAACCCUGGAGAGUGGAGUGAUUUUGUUCUCGAGAAGCAAGCAGUUCAGAUAUAUACCAGAACCAUAUUUUUUGAUGUUCAACUCGAGAUUCAACAUGCUAUUCAUCGUUGUACUAGUAUCAGAUUAGAUCACGCUAUGAUACGCGAGGAUGAUGUUACUAUUCUUGAUGUAAGGGAGUUUCCGAAACAAUAUAUAUUGAGGCGUUGGACGCGUGAAGCUGUUCCAAAUAGUUCCCCCGGGUCCAUUCUUACGGAUGGUGGAGAUCCAGAUCGUAGUGAGGAGGUUAACCGUUGUGUUCGUGAGAUUAGUCACGCAACUAAGUAUGUUGUGAACAAGUUGAUUUCAAAAUUUGAUCAGUUGUGUAAUUUUUGUGAUCAUAUCAAGCAGUUUAUGUCAAUCGCUGAUGAAGCUCAGAUAAAUGCACCUCCCAAGACACGACGUAAUCGAUUUGCUGAACUUCUGGGAGUUGCUCCAGAGAGCACGGCCACUAUCCGUGUUCCAGUUGGUACCAGGUUCAAGGGUUGUGGUUCUCAUAAACGCCUCAAAUCUCAAAAGGAGCGAGCCAUAAGUCAGUCUGGAUCUAAACGUCGUCAAUGUUCAUUAUGUAAAAAAUAUGGUCAUAAGAGAGUAACGUGUUGGAAAUACACCGUGGCUGUGCCUGAGCCAGGUGCUUCGCAGAAUGCUGAAGGUAAUGAUGCUACAAUUGCUGAAGGAGACGCUGAUACAGUUGUUGAACGUGAUGGACCUGGAUCAAAUGAUGCUGAUGAUGUGUUUUACACAUCUGGAAACGGCGCAGAUAUGGAUGAUGAAGACAUGGCAGAGUAG